CUCUUACAACUAUUGUUCUGUCUGGCGGUUCUACAGGUGUUUUCGUGAUGUUUCAUCGAUAGAAGAUUUGCAGUGAGUUUGCGAGGAGGAUCAGGAAAGCAGGUUGACGGAGAUCGCUGCAACGUAGUUUUUCUACUUCUAGAGGAGUGGAAAUAUUAAUAUUCUCUAUGAAUAAAAUAAGUGAGAGUACUAGUUUGAAAAUUUUCGGAGGUUUUUUGUUCUGUAGAUAGAAGAACGAUGGAACAAUCGGAAUCAGAAACUUAUGCCGCCGCGAGGCCAUUCGUGAGCACAUCCGCAAUAGCCGGACAGAGGAAUGCAACAUCUGGUUCUCAGAGCGCACCUUUCUCGGAAGCGAAACUAGCACAGACCACGGAGGCUAGACACUUUUUCACACUUAGCACUGCAUCUUCGUCAUCUUCCUCUUCAUCUCCAGAACCUACCACAGAAGUACCCUCAUGUAGCACAUCUGCACAAGUAGCGUCUCAAAUUCAAACCGAGUUGAAGCAUGUGGUCGCUUCAGAAUUAGCCAUGCAUCGUACCCAUAUGGUCGACGAUCUAGCAAAGAGAUUAUGGGAAAAUGAUGAGUUUAGACCUCGACUUGCGGCGCUGGCAGACCGUCAUCGCCUUUGGAGAGAGAGACAACGGAGGAACGAUAAGGAGCAGCAAGGAAGGAUAGCUAAACCUGAGAAUGGACAACAUGUUGAGCAGCAACAUCAUGAAUUGAUAGCUCAAAUUGAUAGCACGUUGUGAAAAGAAAUUGUAGCGCCGAAGUCCUCGAGAGUGUUAGUAUAACACAUAACAGAGCAGGAUCCAUGUGAGGACAUGACACAAGUCCUCUAGCUCUUGCCCACAGCUGGCGUGCACAAGGAAGGGAGCCAGAGGCUGCCUUCUUCUAGGUUCGCG